UUACAUCGCGGCUGUGGGAAAAAGACUGUUGGACUGUUCAGGUCUCCUGGGGUGUGGUGGCUACCUAACGCCUCACCUGGGGAGGCAAGCGCCCCGCGGCUGUAUUUAUUACCUGAGCAAUAAGGGACGAGGAGUUCAGCCCUUCUCUGUGCUUGCUGGAUUUGCUUGCAUUUGUUCCCAGCCACUGCUCAUGUAAUGCACUCCCUUAGCCAGGAAAUUAAAGCAUUCUCCCGGAAUAAUCUCAGGAAGCAAUGCACCAGGGUGACAACGCUAACUGGAAAGAAAAUUAUAGAAACAUGGAAAGAUGCCAGAAUUCAUGUUGUGGAAGAAGUACAGCCAAGCGAGGGGGUUGGUUGUGGUUAUGUGCAGGACCUUAGCUUGGACCUGCAAGUUGGCGUUAUUAAGCCAUGGUUGCUUCUGGGGUCACAAGAUGCUGCUCAUGACCUGGAUGUACUGAAAAAGCACAAGGUGACUCAUAUUCUUAAUGUUGCAUAUGGAGUUGAGAAUGCUUUCUUCAGUGAGUUUACAUAUAAAAGCAUUUCUAUAUUGGACCUUCCUGAAACCAAUAUCCUGUCUUAUUUUCCAGAAUGUUUUGAAUUCAUUGAACAAGCAAAAAUGAAGGAUGGUGUGGUUCUUGUUCAUUGUAAUGCAGGGGUUUCCAGGGCUGCUGCAAUUGUAAUAGGCUUCCUGAUGAAUUCUGAAGAAAUUUCAUUUACCAGUGCUUUUGCUUUGGUGAAAAAUGCAAGACCUUCUAUAUGUCCAAAUUCUGGCUUCGUGGAGCAACUUCGUACAUAUCAAGAAAGCAAUAAGUAUGACAAAAUACCACAAUUGGAAAGUGGCAACAGUUCAUGAGUUGCAUUCUAAAUGCAGAUGAUAGACUAAUGUAAUAUCUGAAUUGGCCUCUGUAACUGUCCUUUCCUCUUUAGGAGAGUAGACUACUAAAUUUCCUUUUAUCUUACUUUUUACAAGUGGAAAUGGAAAUCAAUUUGAUUGUCCUGAGCUAGUAUAUGAAUAAAUUUUUAAAUUAUA